CUGUCCGGCGUGUCCUAGAGUAGUAUGUAUUAAGUCUCGGCGAUAUGAUCAUGGAAUGGUGAAAAUACUUGAUUAACAUAGUGAAGGCGUGCACCGUAAAAUCAUUUUUGUUCUUAUUCUUCGUUGUUCUUCGUUACUAGCAACAUUAAAUGUUAGAAAAUCAUGAUAUUAUAUCGUGUUGUGUGUGAUUGCAAUGUCAAUAGUGUAAAUUUCAAAUCAAAAUUUUCUGUUAUUUCUUUGAACAAGUAAUAUAUUUUCAUAGCUGCAAAAUUCGUACAUAAGGGCUUACCGACGCGAUAAUGUCGUUACUAAGUAAGCGGCUCCGAGGAUUGAGCUCUGUAGCUGGUCAUCGGCUUAAAUCGAGUUUAGUAAGUGCUAGCAUACAGAACGAUGCGGACUACGCCAAAGACUAUGAGGACAUGCCUGGUCCGAGCCCGUUGCCUUUGCUAGGCAACAAUUGGAGAUUUUUGCCAUACAUCGGUGAUUAUAAUAUUACCGAAAUAGACAAGUUAUCGCUGAGACUAUGGAAAGAAUACGGAGACGUGGUGAAAAUUGGAAAACUUCUCGGCAGACCAGACAUGGUGUUCUUGUACGAUGCGGACGAAAUCGAAAAGGUUUUCAGAAACGAAGAGCUCAUGCCACACCGACCAUCGAUGCCUUCCUUAAACUAUUACAAACAUGUACUGAGAAAAGAUUUUUUCGGUGAACUAGCGGGUGUCAUAGCCGUGCAUGGCGAGAAAUGGUAUCAGUUCCGCAGCAAAGUGCAACAACCUAUGUUGCAACCGAGGACGGCUAAACAUUACAUUGGGACCAUUGAAGAAACGGCCAUAUCGUUUGUGAAUAGGAUUAAAAAAAUUAAAAAUCACAAUCAAGAGGUUCCACAUGACUUUUUAAACGAGAUACAUAAAUGGUCUCUUGAAUCUAUAGCGAGAGUGGCAUUGGACCAAAAACUCGGGUGUCUCGACGAUGACUACGCGAUGAACUCAGAUACUCAAAACUUGAUAAAUGCCAUAAACACAUUUUUUGAAAACGUACCAGUCCUUGAACUAAAAAUACCUUUCUGGAAACUUUUUAGUACUCCGACUUGGAAAAAGUACAUCAAAGCGUUAGACACCAUUACGAAGAUUACUUCAAAACAUAUUGAUAAGUCUUUAAAUAAACUUUUAUCAGAAAAAUCAUUUUGCACGGACCAUCAAUCUUCGCUUUUAAAACGAGUGCUUAGUUUAGAUCCAUCUAAUCCGAAAUUGGCACAGAUACUAUCGUUGGACAUGUUUAUAGUUGGGAUCGAUACUACAUCUGCGGCUCUUGCGUCAGUUCUUUAUCAGCUAACUCAACAUCCAGACAAACAAAAGAAAGUUAGAGAAGAAAUCAAAAAAGUAUUGCCCUACGCAGACACCAAGUUGACAUCCGCUAAAUUAGAACAACUACAAUAUUUAAAAGCUUGCAUUAAAGAAACGUUAAGAAUGUACCCGGUUGUACUUGGAAAUGGCCGUUGUAUGACCAAAGAUACUGUUGUAGGUGGAUACAAAAUACCAAAAGGCGUUCAAAUUGUAUUCCAACAUUAUGCUAUUAGUAAUAGUAGUAAAUAUUUUUCUCAACCAGACCAAUUUUUACCGGAAAGGUGGUUGAAAGGAACUCAUCAUCGUCAUCAUUCCUUUGCCAGUUUACCAUUUGGCUACGGUAAAAGGAUGUGUUUAGGCCGUAGAUUCGCUGAUUUAGAACUUCAAACAGUUUUAGCUAAAAUUUUACAGAAUUUCCAAGUUCAAUACGAAUAUGGUAGUCUUGAUUACACUGUUCAUCCGAUGUACAUGCCACAUGGACCAUUAAAGUUUAAAAUGAUUGAAGACUAGUGCAAAUUAUGAUAGUUAAAACUAUUAAACAUCAAUAAAAAUCUAAAUUUAUUAAAUUAUUUGUACAUACUAUUGUAGUACAUUUUUGUAAAAUAUUAAAUGAAUACAUAUAUUUUAGUAUUUAA